CCCGGGGCUGCUCACUCGUGGAGCUGGGGCCGGGCGGGGUGGGUCGCAGCCCUCCCGCAGCACCGCCCGGCCCCGAUUCGCCUCAUCGCUCGGAGGGAAGAAUGGGGCAAAGGGGGGAUCUUGGCGGGACCUUGCUCCCGGGGAAAGGGCAGGUGUUCCCACAGGGGUGUUGGGAAGGCGUCGGUCCUGCGGCAGCACGGCUGCAGGCACCUCCGGCCAGGCCCAGCGCCGGGGCUUUUAUCUUGGAGGCUGAUCUCACAUCGAGGAGCCCGUGCAAACCAGGCCAGCAGUUUCUAGCAAGGGAGAAGGGCAAUGCCUAAGAAAAACACUGGGACGCUCAGGCCUCUGGAUGAAGCCUUUCUCCUCUGUAGCAGACAUGAAGAAUGACUUUAUGGAGAAUUGGAUACUCUGCCAGACUACUGAAAACUAACCGUUUUAGGACAGCUGCAUCAAAUACAUCAUUUCCAGCAGUUUGGAUGCUAUUGGCACAAUAUUCUGGCAGAGUACCUGGGCUGUUUGUAGUAGUUAAAAAAAAUAACUUUUUUACGAUGCCUGAAACUGUGGAGGAUAAAGCUAAUCUAGAACUGUAUUUGCCACAUCCUGAAGUGCGUGGGAUGACACAACUCAACAGAGAGGCUUUUAAAAGGACAGUUGUUGUUCCAGUUCUUAAAGUCAAGAAAGAAAUUGUAAAUACUUUGCUGAAGUCCAUAAAACAUAUGAUACUACAGCGCCCUGGUCUAAAGCGAGUGGUUGAGGAUCCAGAAGAUGAGGACAGUAGACUUGUUAUUCUGGAUCCUCAUAAAAUAUCAGAAUUCUCAUUGGGAGAAUCGGAUCAAGAGGUAUUAAAACAGCUUAAUGUUCAUCCUGAGGUGUCUAAGUAUAACUUGGAGCUGACUUACGAGAAUUUCAAGUCGGAGGAGAUCCUACGAGCAGUUCUUCCUGAAGGUCAAGAAGUCACCUCUGGAUUUAGCCGUGUUGGUCACAUAGCUCAUUUGAAUCUUAGAGAUCAUCAGCUACCGUACAGACAUUUGAUUGGUCAGGUUAUAAUUGACAAGAAUCCAGGAAUCACCUGUGUAGUGAAUAAAACCAAUAUUAUUGACAGCACAUACAGAAAUUUUCAAAUGGAAGUGCUCGCUGGAGAGAGCAACCUAGUAACCAAGGUCAAAGAAAAUAAUAUCACAUAUGAGUUGGACUUUUCUAAAGUCUACUGGAACCCACGUCUUUCCACGGAACAUGGCCGUAUCGUUGAGCUAUUAAAGCCCGGUGAUGUCCUUUUCGAUGUCUUUGCUGGGAUUGGACCUUUUGCUAUUCCAGCAGCAAAGAAAAAGUGCUGCGUGUUUGCAAACGAUCUCAAUCCUGAAUCCUACAGCUGGCUCUUGCACAACUGCAAACUAAACAAGGUAGGCCACAAAAUAAAAGCAUUCAACAUGGAUGGCAGGGACUUCCUCCUGGGGCCAGUAAGAGAAGAACUAAGUAGAGAGCUCCCACUUCUGAAAGAAGAACAGAAAACCUCUUUUCAUAUAGUCAUGAAUUUGCCAGCCUUGGCUAUUGAAUUUCUAGACGUUUUCCGGCAUCUCUUAGCCGGAGAGCCAUGCAGCACUGCUGGCCUUCCCACGGUGCACUGCUACAGCUUCUCCAAACAUGACGACCCUGCCAAAGAUGUUCGAGAACGCGCUGAGGCUUCUCUGGGAACCUCCUUGGACGGCCGCUGUUCUACUUACCUGGUUAGAAACGUUGCCCCGAACAAGGAGAUGCUGUGCAUUAGUUUCCAGAUUCCAGCAGAGGUGCUGUACAAGAGGCCCUGUCCUGACGGAGCAAUACCAGCCUCUAAACGUGUGUGUAGCAGCAGAGAUUUUUCUGAAGCAAAGGUGGAGUUGAAGAAGAGUUGAAGACUGAAGUUGUGGUUAACUACCUUAGUAGUUUGUGUAAGGUAUACCUAGGUUACCUCUAGUUUACCCCUCCAAUUAUUUGAAGCCUACCUGUGUUACCCAUCCCAGGUGCUGAGAUGCGUAAUGUAUGUAGCAGCUUUCCUCCAUGAGCCUUGCUUCCUGCAUUUUCCUGUCUUUCAGUUGUGGAAUCAAUAAGCAGAUUGGUGUUAUUACAAAAAAAUAAAACUUCUGCUUUUUUUGUAAUAAAUGUGUUUGGGUACUUUUCUGCUCUCGUUUCAUGCCCUAUGAUAAUGUAGGGACCCAGAGCGGGAUCAUUUUUUGCUGUGUCAUUUUGAUAAUGUGCAGUUUGUGGCAAACCCAGAUUUUUAUAUUUUUUCAGGUCUAGCGAGAUGACUUGUAUAACCCUUGCAGCAGUUUCUCUCUGACAAAUGGGUUUGGUGUUUAAGAAUAUUAGAUUACUGUUAGCAGAUGCACACACAGCUCUUGUGUAAGCAAGAUAACCUUUCAGAAACUUAACCAAGAUACAGAAUGGCCCAAAUAGCCACAUAUACUUGUUCCUAGGCCUUUGAGUAAUAAAUUUUUUGCUUUUUAACACUGAGAUUUAGUUAGGGAUUAGUUGACUCCUAACUUAGUGUUUGGCCACCAUUAAAGCAGGAAAGACUCUAAUGCUGUUUACAGAUUAAGUACAUGCUCACGUUGAAGCACUAGACUGAAACCAGUACCUGGCUGAACUCCUCUUGUCUUGAAACCACGUCCUCCUGGGGCUUUUGUGCCUCUGCUGCAUCCCAGCUCGCCCCCUGCUCCUGCCUGCUCCUCUGCUGCAGGCCCUGGAUGAUCUCUCUGCCUGCCUGUAUUCUGCAGGGAUUCAAAAAGCCUCUGUCUUUGAUUUCCUUUUCUUACCCAUCCAAACUAUUGUUGGGCAAUGUCAACCACAAGUAGUUUGUUUGGACAGAGGACGCGGAUCUCCCCCGGGCUUCAGCUAUUUUCCCUCGGCGCAGGCUCAGUGCUCAGGCCCAGCAGCUCAGUUACCAGGCAGCCGUCACCCUCCCUGGCUCUGCUGCUGCGGCUCCACCCCUGGGGCCUGUAGCCUGAUGGCUUGGGUCUCGCCCAAACAACUGCCAAGGUCCAUGGAUGUGUUUUGCUCCAUGGCUCUGUGCUCCAGCCUUUCCCCUGGCUACGCAGCCAGUGCUUUUGAGCAAGUCUUCACAGCUUGGUUACCGCUGGACUGCAUUUAUCAAACUAGGGAAAAAAAUCAGCAUGACUCACUUACACUGUCUUGAAAGCUGCUGUGCAGAUUACUUCCCUGGCCUGCCACUCUGGCCUGAGCACUCCUCCGCCGGCCUUUAAAAUGGUAUUUUUAACUUUAACCUGUUUGUCCUUGCUGUUGGUGACUGGCACAUCAUAUCCACUCCCCACCAGUUGGAGCAAGCGCCGGACUUUUGCCUCCAGCCUGCCAUGCUGCCGUGUCAUGCCUCUGAUCGUGAGAAAAUAGCCUCAAGUUGCACCAGGGGAGGUUUAGAUUGAGUAUCAGGAAUCAUUUCUUCACCGAAAGGGUUGUCAAGCAUUGGAACAGGCUGCCCAGGGAAACGGUUGAGU